GAGAGGCUUCACGAUCCGCCAUCACUGUUAAAAAAGUCAGUGGUAGAGAGCGGAGAUGACGUGAGUCUGUUAAUGAUUUAUCCCCGAGUGUGGACUUUCAGGCAGGCUUCUCUGUGGCAGACCUUCUCCUUACUAUUUUGCUCCAGCUGUGUAAACCCACCGUCUGUGUUGUGUGUUACCGCACUGGGCGAACCUGCUGGGUGGGAGAGAGCAGCUUCUGUAGACGCGGAGGAGAAGAUCGGCAAUUUAGGAAGCUUGGGUUUAGGACGAAAGAGAAGACAUGAGAACAGGUGUAGGGCUGCAGAGCAAAUCAGUAGGUUAUGCACGUUAACGUUAACUCGUCAGUGUUGAUAGUCAGUCAAAGCUGGUGUUAGAUGAGAUAGAUCAGAUCGGAAAAACGAAACGAAGAGGAACCAUGUUUGAAAACUUCAGAGAAAGACUUCACAUGGUCCAGCAGGAUUUCACAACGGGCUUCAAGACCUUUGGAGACAAGUCAAGAGACACCAAAAUCAAGAGGCGACCAAGGUUUGAAAGCCUUCCUUAUUUCAGUGCUGGACUGGAAAUCCUCAGCAGGUAUGAGGAGAGUUGGUUUCCGCUCCACAAAAGAACAAAAGAAUGUGCUCAGGCUGCAGAGGCUGUAGAUGGGGACAUAGUCAUGCUCUCAGCACACUGGGAGAGAAGAAGAACAGCUCUGACACAACUACAAGAACAACUGCAAAGCUUGUCAGCCUUUAUCAGUGAACUUGAUGCCAUCACUUCUAACAUAGCACAUUUGGAAGGUGACUUUGAAGAGAUGGAGAGCAGACUGGUAUUCCUGGAGACUCUGUGUUGUCAGUGUGAACAACAGACAACUAAACAACAUCAUUUCAAUGAACUAGACGUCUACAAGAAAAAGAAGAGGAGGGAGGUGGAGGCACUGGAAGUGGAACUGAAUUCUAAGCAUGCUCAGAAUGUGGCAGAGCUGGAGCAGGCCAUGCAGCAGAAACUGAAAGAACGACAGAAAGUCUAUGAAGAAGCUUUUAACCAAGACAUGAAGCAAUACCUGUCCACGGGAUACCUGCAACACAGAAAGCCAACAGAAGCUGAUGUGUGUGUUCUGGAUGAGAUGACAGUGACUAACAUAUCAGACCAGGAGGCUUUUGAUGACUUCCUCAACUCCACUAGCGAUGACAUCAGCACUGGAUCAUCACUGACCUCAGGUCCAGACCUUGAGUCCUGCUCUUAUGAAUCUUUGAGAAGCCAAAUGAACCAAACCCCUCCCACAAACAACAAAGUGUCCAACCAAGACGCAGAAUGGGAGCAAGAAGCAGAAGCGGCCAGUGAGGAAAAUGAUGACCCUUUGGUGCAGUCAGACGAGGAGGGCAUUCAAACGGAUAUGCCAUUGGCUGGCCUGCAGGAUGUUGACACAGAGAGGGGCUGUGAUGAGCAUGAACUGAUAGGGGACCUGCCCCCUGGGUAACCUAGCAACCAGGCCAUUGAAACUCCUGAAACACUAACUACUCUUGCCCAAACACCCCUCUGGUGCUCCCAUGCUUUGAAUUGACACAGCCCUCACCUCCAGCCAUAAUGAAGUCAAUGUUAACUAAGACAUUGUUGAUUCUCGAUUUACCUAAAAGAAAUCAAAUAGCCCAUGGUCAAUGAUAAAAAACCUUCUCAAAUCAACGUUUCACCACUUCUGACAGAUCUCCAAGCUGGCAGUCAACAAUUCUUAAAUGGUAGGCUGGCAGUAUUCUUUAUUUUUGCUAUUGGAGGCAAAUCCCAUGAAAAUCAGCAAUGAAAGUAUUGUCUGUAUAUCCAAAGCCUGAUAAAAGCUUAUUCAUCUGUGCCGUGGAGCUCCAUUGGUGUCAUAAACUAUUUAAAAUUAUUGAUGACGAGACAUUUAUACAUUAAACACUGUGUUAAAAAUGAUGCAAGGGAUGGAGUCAUUUUCAUAACAUUGCACAGCUGUUUAUAAUGCUGUGAGAAACAACAUUUAUAAUCCUGGAAAGUUCAUGGUGGUAGUUAUUUUACUCUUUAUUGUGAGUCUUUCCAAGUAGACAGCAGUUACAGAUAUGGUCUACCACAGAUGGGACAAGCAAGUCAGAAAAUACUGAAACCCACACCAACCCAUUGUUGAUUUUGGUCUUUUCGUGGGAUUUGUUGACAAUAACAGAUAUAUGGAGACUGCAUUGUAUUGGAUUUACACAUUACUGUUAGUAUAAAGUCUAUGACAAUUAGUUUUCCAAGUCUGACCCAUUCAAUAAAAAUAUCAGUCUGUCUUUAUAUCAUAUUUGUGUGUCUUGUUUUGUUUUUUUGUUUUUUUGACUAGGAUUUACACAAAGCAAGAGUCACAAAUAGUAAAAAAUAAACACGUU